UCUCAGCUGGGCUACUGCUCUGAGGUCAGGACUGUCCUGAACCUCAGGCUCCACUUACAAUGUCUUUCUUCCGGCCGCCUGGCGGCAUUUUUGACAUUAACAGAGAACAGGACUAUGCCAAGAAUUCUGGGGGUAUACUUGGUGAACAUGAAUUAAGACCACCCUCCCAGCCACAUUAUCCUUUAGAGACGACCGAGACAGGGCUCAUAUCAGAACAGAUUUUUGAGACAGUACCCUUGAGUACAGACUCUCUCUUCCAGAGGGCAAUUUCAGUUCUCCAUACUGCUUACUUGGACUCUGCAUCUGGGCUUGGUUUUCAGUACAAUCAAGUGACUUUGGUGAAAAAUGACAUUUUCUUAAAUGAGUAUAAACAUUUUCAUCAGGAAAAAAAGGCAAAUAACUAUACUCAGGAAGAGCUUGAAGAAACUUACGGGUUUCUUCUGUUUCAAACUGAAAAGCAGGCAAAGUUGGCGUGUCAGCGCGGACUCUGUGUUGGCAGCAGUGCUGUUACCACAUUGGGCGACCCGGCAAGAGGUGUAUACAUUUCUAAAUACUCAGACUACCUACAUGCAAGACCAUGGUAUCAUGGGAAGUCUGGCUAUAUUGUUGUUUUUAAACUAAUUAAGGGAAAAGUCAAGUUUGUGUCUGAGAAUUACACAACUAACUAUACUAGCCCGUCUUCUGGCUAUGACUGCCACGUGGCUACAGAUGCUAACAAGGUUUCUCAAAAGACGAGUCAUUUUCGCACCUUUGAACUGAGUCAGUAUUACCUCUAUGAACUUGCAGGCAGCACUGUCACUCAAAGACCCAGACAGAUCUGUCCAUAUGUAAUUGUAGCUUUUCAGUACCGAGAACCUAAAAAAAUGGCAACGCCUGCUCCUCAAAGCAUACUUGAGCUCAGUGAAAAUGUUCUUACCACUCAGUGGAAAGGGAAGCUGACCAUUCAAGGCUGUCUUCUGUGUGAUGUGACACUUUGGCCCUUUUCUGGUGCAGUCAUUCCAGAAAAACUAUCACAUGAACUAGAUUUUAAAUAUUUGAUGAAAGUGUCUUCACUGAAAAAAAGAUUGCCAGAAGCUGCAUUUAGAAAACAAAAUGACUUGAAGCAAAGAGUCUUUUGCCAAGACAUUUGCUUCAGUAUUUAUGAGGUGGAGCUGUCAAACAAACAAGGGAAAAAAAUAGAUAAGCUGACAAAGUUCAUGAAAAACAAACAGCUGGCGAUCAUUAAGAGCUUAGAAGACCGGGGAUUCUUCAUUUUACUUACAUCAUCAGCCUUAAUAUCAGAAACAGACUUCGGAGACCGACACACGGAUCUCUGGGGGUUGCACCUGUUCCAUUCACCGCUGUUGCCAGGACUGAAUGUGUUGAAGGUCGAAAAUGACAUUUCACUGAAGGUGAUGCCGAUUUUACCUGUCCUCAACUGCGUCCUGCUGGAAGCCAAGAAAGCCGUAGCUGAAGGAGUAUGUCCUAACACACUAGUAAAGCGGAGUUUCCAGGAAUUGCACAGAAUGGACAGAAGUACCUCAUCCACGGCCUCUCCUCAGGAUGGAGUUAGAGAGGCCGCUUUCUCUGGCCAGCCGUCUAGUGACUUGGACUUGAUGCCCCCGGCUGAGAAGUGCCCUUUGCAGUCGUUCGCUCAGCUGCAGUCUUACUUUUCAAAUCCCAGUGGCUACGUUCUAGAAGUCUCUGCCGCGUUGGAUUUACUGGCGGAGCGUCCUCAGUCUCCUUGUGUUUCAGACGGAAUUUGUGAUGCUGGUUUUUCUUUAGUUAUGACUCCAGAUUCUGAGUUUUUGGAUGUGGAGGCUGAUGUAAGAAAAGAAACUGAACCAGAGGACUCUGAGGACACAAGACAGGAAGGCACAGCUCCGCUAAGCACAGCGUCAAAUCUCAGAGUUCAGCCAAAAAGAAAGGCGAGCAUGCCGCACGGGGUGCAGAGUGAAAAGGUGAACUUGUGCCGCCCCUGCCCCAAAAGAACUCCUCCUGCACCAGACAAAGCUGCGGGCUCUGCAACAACUCUGAAAUUAAUCAAAGGACAGUUUCCUCAGAAAAGAAAAAGAGGUGCCGAAGUGCUGACUGCACAGUUUGUCCAGACAACUAAACUGGAUAGGAAGAGCCAAGAAGCUCCUUUUACUAAAGAUGCUCCAGUGACAGCUAAUGCUAAAAAGACGAAGAAACAAGAGAAAACUCCAAGCAGAAGUGUCCCAAAGGCUAAACCGCCUGUGAAGAAGCCGCCACAGAAGCCAGUGAAAGACAAUCAGACUCCCAGAGGGAGAAAGCAACCACAACCUGCCAAAAGAGAGACUGCUUCACAGCUCCAAUCAGAGGUGACAUCAGAUGGUCAAGCAGAUGUUACUAUCAAUACAGCUCAACCAGGCAAUACCACAGUGACUCAGAAAGAUCCACCUGAGGACUCCAUCGUCAACUGUGACUCCCUGAAUAUGCUAGCUGAUCUCGCGUUAAGCUCUGCUACCUCUUCCACGUCAUCGUCUGAUCCCAGGAACCCGUCUGAAUUACCCCAGAGUGAUGUCUCCCUGCCUAAAGAACUCUCUUCGCGAGGUACAUCGGAUCAUGAAUACCACAAAGGAGUUAAAAGUCUAAAAGGUGGGCUGUCACCUAAACUUUCCUCUGGUAAGAGUAAUUUGCUAGUAGACUCAGGCAUCAGCCUAGAGGAGACAGGUGUGUUUCCUGCUAAUGAUGCCCAGCCAUCACUUCCCGAGGAGACAGUAGGAACUUCUGAAGCGCGACCAGGCUCCUUUGUGGCUGCAGAACAUUCCUAUGCUCUGCUCCUUGCAGAACAUUCGAAGAAGCACCUGCAGCAGAGAGGGGCACCGAGUCCUGCCUUCGCAAAGAACAGCACCAAAGGCCCCGAAGCAGGAACCCCAGUAGGAAAAGUCAUGCCCUUUCGGCAUCAGCAAAGCACCGCUCCUCUGCAGAAACUUCCUGAGGACUCCUCACUAAAGCACAAGAAUAGAUUAGUGUCUCCCAGCCUGCAUGAUUUUUCUUGUUCUCAUACAGUGUUUAGCUGUGAUGGCUCUUUGAAGGUCACUCUCAAAUGUGAAACAGAGUAUUUAUUCAGCUUAGAUAGCAAAUAUACCAACAACCCACUGGAGAAAACAGUAAUACGAGCAUUACAUGGGCCCUGGAACACUGAUUUGCCUGACAGUGUGGAUGAAGUGAAGCUUUUACUUCAUAUGUGGGUAGCUCUGUUUUACAGCAAUCAGAACAAAGUCAUUCAUUCAUCCAGAAGAGUGGUAGAACACAGCAACCCAGCAAAAUACGUGUCUAUCCAUAGCACUUUAGAAUCUCUUGAAUUCAGUGAGAUUGAGGAGCCUCUCAGUGUGGAAAGGUGCUCUGCAGACCCUCUGUUGGAGACUAAUGUCACACCCACAGGUCACACUGCUGAGGUGUCCUUCUCUGACCCCAACACUGUGAUAUCUCUCAUUAAUCCGCCAGCAGCAAGAGGCUUGGGCCUCUGGAUACAGAAUGAACAGGAAGAAAUGUUUGCAAGAGAGAACCACCGCGAUACCCCAGGAAACCAGAAUUUCAUCUAUUCCUGUAACAGUGAGAUCAUUGGGCAGGUAGCCACAGAGUCAGCAGAUACGCCAGAGACGGCUAGUCUUCUGCUCUCCGGCAUCGCAAGUACACAGCCUUGUAUCCCAGGUGAAGAUCAAUCCUUCACGCCACUCGAUAGUGCAAGAGUGACUUCAUACAGCGACACUGUUAGGCAGACCGCGGCCACUAAGACUUACAGUGGGACCGGCGGUCAGUCAGUGACUUACCCAAAGACCGUGUACAGCGCCCUGGAAAACAAAGUUGACAUUUUUCAUGCAGUAGAGCAGACACACACAGGUGCUUUAGAGGACCUCCUCCGGAACAGCAGCCCCAUCGACAAAGAUUUCGACAAGGCAGACAGUACAGGAUACGUCCUGAUUAAUCUGGAGCCUGCAACUCUCACCUAUGUGCCAAUACAGGCUGAAGUGGGGAGCAGAAUCGAUAAGCCUCUCAGCUUGACCUUGGAGCUGACUGAACAGGUACUGCACAGUGCAACUCUUGGGCAUUCUGUCCCCUCACUUGAAAAGACACAGGCACCUGUUCUUAGGAACAUUUCAUCUGUCCUUGGGUCAGAACAAAGCACUAACUACCUUUGUGCCUCCUCAGCAAGUAAAGCGCUUGCUGGAGAGAUGUGUUCACUCCAGGCAGAGAUUCCCACGCCAGACUCAACAUUAACAUCUGAUACCUCACUGGUAGCUGAGGCAUUACCAUUAAUGAAAAGUGCUAAGCACUCGGUACCUGCACAAGAGAUGAUGAUCUCUCAGGAGUUGCUUCUGCAGAGCCAGUGUGUCCAUAGUUUACCAUCAGAAGAAGUCAGAGAGCUAUCACAAGUUGAAGAAGUGGUUUCUGCUACUUUGCAGAAAAACCACUCACUCAGUUGCCUUCCAUCACCAACUAAUAUUUCAAAUGACGCGUUGCACCUAAAGAAUAAGAGUGGUAUGGACGGUGAAAAUACGAAUCGCGAGUCAUUUCGUUCAACACUGUCCAAACAAACCGGCCUGUCUGUGAGUAGAGAGGAGGCCAACCCAAGAGGACCAGAAGAUCCUGACAUUGACCUGAUUCUCACAAUAACACCGUCUAAGAGCCGAGAAGAACGUCCUUCUGGGAAAAUAGAGCAACGGCAGGAGGCCCCACUAGCAAAUAGAGAACUUCAGAGUGUAGCUAAAGAAAUCACCGAGUCAGGAAAGACAGCUUUCAGAGACAACAGAGAAGUGAGCUGUGCACCGUGCACAGUGGGGAAACCAUUAGAAAAUGAGCAAAGCAACAGAAACCUGGCACCAGUCACUCUGUUUCCUGAGGAGACCUGGACCCUGGAGGAGAUUACAGAGGAGGUUAACAUCUCCUCGGGGCUUCCCUUUGGUUCUUUCAUUGAAGAGGUGUCACCAGUCUCUAGCCCUGACCCUCUGCUACCCGCUGCAGAAGCACGACCGCCUCAGACUGUGUGUCCAGCAACUUUAAAACUUUCUGAUACACAGUGUGAGAAAAGUGACACAUUGCCCCAGCCUGAGUCGGAAGGUUUGACCCUAACAGAAGAAGGAAAUGCUUCUAUUGGUCCUGCCCCUCUAGGAGGACAAGAUACAUUAACGCAGGAAGUACCAGCGCAGCUGUGUGCGGGAUCGCCUCCGGGAUUAAGUGAUCAUCCAGGAGGAAAAGAUUUAGUCCCCAGUGGUAAAGUAACCACAGAAAUUGUCCCAGAAAUUUUCUCAGAAAAGGUGCCCUGUCAUAAUAAAGAUUCAAACCAGCCUGCCUUAGCUGACAGUUACAGAGAGGACCUUGGGCCUUCUGUAGAAAAAACAGUGACAUCAAGAAACCCACCGCAGUUGCUGAGUGUAGAGAAGAACCACCUGGACGUGAAGAGUCUUGUCUCGGAGACCAGUGAGCUUCCAGUUAGUCCUAGAAAGAUGAAGGAAAGCGAGACCUUGACUGCCGAAUUUGUUCCCGCAGAUCGAUUGAAUGUGUCAUUCAAACAACAGACUAGCCCGAGGGACGCUGAGAAAGCACUCAGCAGUGGGGAUUCGAAAACACAUGAAGACAGUUACCUGCAAGUUAGCACUUUGAGCUCCUGCUCACGUGGUGAGGUCGCUUGUGCACUAGCACACACGUCCUCGGGGAGUCCCAGACAGGCUUGCCCUCCCUCGGAUGGUCCCCCACACGGCCACUGUGGGGGGAGAGAGUUCCAAACGCGAGAAAUCUCAGUAGUCAGAAUGGCCAGUUUACUUAAGAACUGUGAAACUGAAGCCGAAGUCCGUGAACAGAAUAGAGGUCUAAGAAGUAUCGGCUCUCAGUCAAGCUUCAUGCCUCCGGAAGAUGAACCAGAUCCUAGGCAUGUGGUCCAAGAUAUUCCGGCAUGCGCAGCAGAAGCUUUGAAGGGCGGCUUCUUUCCCGUGUACACUGGCUCCUACCAGAAUACGGCAGGCCCUGCUCCAAGUAUCAGUGAGGAGCCUUCUGCUUCCUUUGCUCCUGAAGCUUGUGACCCUCCUAUCUGUGGAGUCUUUCAAGAGCUGGAGGGAAAUAAAAACCCUGAGGGAGGACUCACACUGGAGGAGGAAUUGGGAACCCUGACUGAAGGCGUGGCCGUCAGUGCAAAUUUCGACAUCCAUCACGAACCGAUUUCCGAAGACUCCGAUAAAGGUUCUUGUGAUUGUGGAAGUCCCAAAUCCGACGUGGAAGAUCCCUGCACUUUGCAACACAGGUGCACCAAGAAGGAGGGUCCUCUAAAGGAGGAUUGCGACUCCUUCCUGCACCUACAUACUAAUGACAACGAAGAUUGGGACUACCCUCCUCAGACCCCAGGGCUGGAGACCAGCAUCCCUUCCCGAAACUGGUACCUCGGGUUGAAGCAAGAAGAGAAGUACAGGCCCAGUUACAUCCAGAUCCGAGACCUGCGAGGCAUCCCCAGGACAUACGCUAAUUUCACCAUCACCAAACAGCUCCAGGACACCACCCGGACGCUGCACAGCCUGGGGAGGCAGCCCGACCGCACAGCGCACUGCAGCUUGCUCAGCUCAUGGAUAGACUCCUGGCACGUGUCAGACGACCUCACCCAGAACACCCUGGACAUGGAGUACCUGCGCUUCGCACACAGCAUGAAGCAGACAGCAAAGGGCAGAGACCCGCCACGCUCGGCCUCUUCAACCAAACUCUUCGCCAGAGAGUCACCUCUCCACAUCAGUGCCGCUGCUUUCCCUCUGACAGAAAGGCCCGAGUCGCAGCUCCUGCAUCCCGCGGCCAGGAGUAGAAGUCCCCUUCUGAUAACAGUCACGCACUCAGAUGCCAGGCAGCAGAACCUGCCCAGGAGAGACCGCAGGCCGACCAGUUUGGGCAGCCCUUCCUUCUGGAUGGAGAAAGACGACCACUGUCAGAAUCAUUUUAUGAAUUUGGAUAGAAGUCCGACUGUCCCGUUGCACCUCAACAAACUCAGAUAUAACAGUACUUCGAAGGACUCACGGAAUGACAUUUCACUCAUUCUCAGUGAGUACGCCGAGUUUGACAAGGUGGUGAUGAACAGCAGCCCGGCUGUGUUCCCAGGGAAAGGAGCAAGUGUUUCCAGAGGACCCACACCUCAGGAGCUGUGCUCCUCCUUCCCGAGGAAGGCAGCCUCCUAUGAAGACAUGAUUACUGACUUGUGUACCAGUUUGCAUGUCAAACUAAAACAUGUUAUGAAAGAGGCUUGUAAGAGUACCUUCCUGUUCUACCUCGUUGAGACGGGAGACAAGUCGUUCUUUGUGAGGACAAAGAACAUUCUGAGGAAAAGUGGCCACACAGAAAUUGAACCUCAGCAUCUCUGUCAAGGUUUUCCCAGAGAGAAUGAGACGCUCAUAGUCAUCAUUAGAAAUGAGGACAUAUCGUCACGUGUGCACCAGAUCCCUUCUUUGCUGAGGCUGAAGCACUGCGCCAACGUCAUCUUUGCAGGGGUCGAUAGCCCAGAAGACAUUCUGGAAUACAGCUACCAAGAACUAUUCCAGACAGGAGGAUUUGUGGUGUCAGAUGACAAAAUAUUAGAGACUUUAUCAUUAGUGCAACUGAAGGAAGUGGUUAAAACUCUGGAAAAACUGAAUGGGAAUGGACGGUGGAAGUGGCUGCUUCAUUAUAGAGAACAUAAAAAACUCAAGGAAUGUGGAAGGGUGGAUUCAGCCGCACGUAAGAAGAACACGAUCCUGAAAUCCUGUCAGAGCGUGAACAUUGUUGAGUUGCUUCAUUACCACCAGUGUGACUCUCGGUCAGCAGCAAAAGGCGAAUAUCUGAACUGUCUGUUAAGCCUGCAGACUCAGCACAUCCACGCCAGGUUUGCUGUCUUCCUAACAGAAAAGCCUAUGGUCUCCAGAGAAGUUUUUGAAAACAGUGGCAUCCUUGUUACAGAUGUCAGUAACUUUGUUGAAAAUAUACAGAAAGUUGCAGCUCCGCUUAGGAGUAGCUGUUGGUGAUUCAACUUAGACUGACUUCGUCGUGAAUGAGAUGACACCAACAGCCAACUGCCAUCCUCCUUUCUCCAGCGUACUCAAGACGGGCAAACUUGAUUUUCUAUGUUUUGCUGAAAUAUCUGACUUCAUUUAGACACCUUGUCUAUUCGAUUUGAUUGUGACAUUAAAAAGUGUUUUUAAUUUAUUUUUUUGAACAGAAUGCCUUUAAAGCUAUUAACUGAAAAUAAGGACUUUAUCAGCUGUAGCAAAAUUAAGUAUCUUUGCCUCUUGCUUUGUUUUCUGCAUGCUGAUGUCAAGGCAUACGUGGUGUGUGGGCUCUCUGGGUACAAGGUUGGAUACCCCUGUAAGGUCUGCGGUUCUGACUGUUACUCAAGCGACACUACAUGGAGUUGCUUUUUGGUUUUUUUCCCAAAGGUACAGAUUUACAAGACUCCUUUCUCACUCUUUUUGUAAAUAGUACAUUACAGAAUCAACUCUGUGGAAGAAGUACCCAUUUAUUUAUAUUAGAAAUAAAUUUCUACAAGUAUUCUUUAAAAGUAAAUAGCAUUUUAAGAUGCAAAAAGUAUUGAACUAUGGUUUUUGUAACUUUCUUUUUUCUAAUAAAGACAACUAAAAACCA